AUGGUGGUGCGCGUUACGGAUAACCGAGUUGUCUCGGAGGCAUUUGCAGUGACCAGUGGAGUGAAGCAGGGGUGCGUCCUGGCGCCCACUCUCUUCAGUCUUAUUUUCUCUGCCAUGCUGACGGACGCCUACCGUGACGAACGCCCCGGAACCCUCAUCGCCUACAGGACGGACAGCCACCUCCUCCAGUCACGCGUAUCCACAACCACCGUUCACGAACUCCGCUUCGCCGAUCACUGCGCCCUUAACACUACCUCGAAAUAG